GCACCCGCGGGCCCUCCGCUGCCAGUCGCUGCCAACCCAAGGGGCAGCAAGGCCACCCGCGUCGUGUCCCCUUCCGGACCCGCUGGGUCUGAGCCGGUGCCCUUCCCCGAAGCGUGCCCGGCUGCGUGCAGAAUAUGGCCCUGGCGUUCUGGUUCCGGGAAUAGGGAGCGUCCUGAGACCUCUCUAGGAUUUGAUUCACGCCCACAGCCUGCUCUCCCAGCCGUAUCUUACCUUUCCUGCGGGCCCCCAUCUCCCGCCCCCUUCACGACGCCGCCGCACGCCGAGUUCGGACGGCCCGGGCCCUCUCCGGACACGUGAAUGGAGCCCUGGCCUGGCCCCCUGGCCCUGGCUCCCCGGCUAAAACGGAGGGCGGCCCCGCUUGGCCUGGGUACGCCCUCCACCCAAUUUCCCAGAGGCCCGGAAGGGGUGAAGCCCCAGAGCUUCGGGACUGCCGGCCCCGCCCCUGCCUGGCCGCGGGUCUCACCUGCAGGCUCCGCUCCUCCCCGGCCGCCCUCCCUGGCGGUCUGCCCCAGUCUCCCGGGCCCCGCUUCCUCCCUUGAUUCCCCACUUUCCCGGGACGGCCUGUCUGGUUUUAACAGUCGGUCCUUGGCGCUCACAAAGGACCUGGCCCACGGUGGGUGUGCGCUACAUCUUUGGUGAACGGAGGACGGGCUGCUGGAGGUGGCUGGGCUCAGGGGACCCCUCCUCGUUGGCCCUCACCUCCAAAGGCCGGCCUCUGCCUCCCCAUCGGGGCGCGGACGUUCUGCGCGACACCGGGGGGCAGCACUUAGCCUCCCACGGCCCCGCCAGCCCCUCCAGCCUCCCGCGGAGCCCUCGGCCGCCCUCCUCCCCGGGACCACGCACCACCCUCCCAACUCGGCGCCCAGCGGCUGGGGAGGGCUUAACUUUGUGGAGCCUGUGACUGAGCUUCCGUUUUUCCGAGCCCCGCCUGCGGCCAAGGGCGUGGGAGGGACUGGGCAGGGGGUGGGAACAGGGGCGAGGCCCCGGGGAAAGUCAGCUCUUGCGAUUCACUUAGCGCGCAGAGCGGCGGAGGCGCGCCGUGAGACCUGGGCUCCCGCGCUCCGACGGCUCCGGCGGCCCGAGGUCUUUCUCGCUCCGACGGCUCCGGCGGCCCGAGGUCCCGCCCCCACCAUGCGGCUGACAAGCGCUGGAAUGUUCCUGCUCCUGUUCAGCGCCCUGCAAGCCACAGAUGUCCAAGAAAAAGAAGUCAGGGCGCUGGUGGGCAGCGACGUGGAGCUCAGCUGCGUUUUCCCCGAAAGACACAGUUUUGACUUAAAUGACCUUUAUGUGUACUGGCAAACCAGUGUCGUCGGCACACCGAAGACCGUGGUCACCUACUACCUCUCCGGGAACAGCUCCGCGGGCCACGAGGACAACCGCUACAGGGACAGGGCCCGGCUGUCGCUGGAGAGCAUGAAGCGGGGUGACUUCUCUCUCCAUCUGCACAACAUCACCCCCCAGGACGAACAGAGGUUCAACUGCCUGGUGUUUAGGAAAUCCCUGGAGUUAGAGAAGAUUCUGGAUGUCGUGGUGACGUUACACGUGGCAGCCAACUACAGCAUGCCCGUGGUCAGGGCCCCAAGCGGCCCCUCCGAGAAUGAGGAGCUGACGUUCACGUGCACGUCCGUGAACGGCUACCCGAGGCCUAACGUGUACUGGAUCAACAGGACGGACAACAGCCUGCUGAACGAGACCUUGCAGAACAACACGGUCUCCUUGAAUGCGCAGGGCUUGUACGACGUGGUCAGUGUCCUGACGAUCCGGCGGACCCCCAGCGUGAACGUCGGCUGCUGCAUAGAGAACGUGCUCUUGCACCAAAACCUGACGACGAUCAGCACUCAGGCAGAAACGGUCACCGGAACUGAAUAUGUCAUCACCGAGAGCCAAGCCGAUGCCCCGAAGAAACAAGGGGCGGUCCUCAGCGCCCUCAUCGUGCUGGGCGUGGUCGUGGCCGUGGCCGUGGCUACAGGCUGGGUGUGCCGAAGCAGGUGCCCCCCGCAGGAUCCACGCAGGAGCUGGGCUGCAAGGCCAGAGCAGACGUUCUCUUCGACCGUGUCUGAUGAGAACUCACCACCCGGAGCGUGGAGAGGGUUUCUGUGAGAUCCCACCAGGAGGGACGGCGGAUGGCAGCUUGGGAAUUGACUCUGGCGGACCUGGUGGCCAAGAGGGGACCAUCUGCCCCCAUCGGCGCCAUUAACCAGGGGGCUUCACGGACACGGAGGCUCUCUGGCCUGGAAGGGACACGUAGGACCGUGCCUGAUCCCAGGGAGAAUGUUCCAGGUGCCGCCCGGAUCCUGGAACGAGGACCUCUCACAAGGGCCAACAGCUCCAAAAGCACAUGCCCCCAAGUGAGCGGGCUCCCCGCCUUUGCUGCCAAAUGCAGGAGGAAGGUGCCUCGUGAUGGCUCCUCCCCCCGCCCCAGCCCCCCAGAGCCCACGGAACCUUUCUCAAUCCCAAAAACGCGUGGGGGGUUUGGGGGAUGGGGGCUUUCUGAGACCAGAGGAAGGGCGGCUCCUUUAGGAAGGAGUGAGGCGAGCUGGGUCUCCUCCAGGACCUCCCCUGCCGGCUGGAGGUCACUCAGGGCUGUCGUGAGAGGCGCACGUGCGGGGCCCCCUCCCCUCCUGCGCCCUGAGCUGCGUGUGCGUGUGUGUGUGUGAGUGCGUGUGUCUGUGCGUGUGUGAGUGUGUCCAGAAUGCAGGAACCGGUCAACACCGGAAGGGCCCUGGGAGCUCCUUUUCCUCUGGGAUCUUCACCGGGGAGAAAACCUGACCUCGUUUGUUUUAGUCAAGAGCUGCAUGUCCCUCCUAAAAAGGCACAGUGGAGUUUUUUCGAGAAGACAAUGUGCUGCUGGGGCCAUCGUGACAGAAGCAGGGGAAAGAGCAGAACGCAGAAACUUGCUCAGGCAGGACUGGGGACCCGUGCUUCCAGUGGACACAGGCUUCACUGCGUGGCCAUCGAGGUCCUUCAACUUGGUGCCCUGCCGCGCACGGAGGGGGCGCUCUCCCCGCAGAGUGGCAGCCGUUCAAAAUGUGGCACUAAUUCCAUGCCACCCUCCGCCCCUGUCACCCCCAGCGUCCCCCGGGACCUUCACGGCUGCCGUGCAGCCCACCAGGCCCAGCGGGGGACGGGAGAGGCGCAGUGGCCCAAGUCCACCCAGGGGUGGGGGGCCCAUGGCCUCGACCCUCGCCGCGUGGCUUCCAUGUUGUUGCCCCCACUGAAUCUAGCAGCUGACGUUUCUGGAAGGUUCUGCACAGCCGGCUGCCCACUAACCCUGGUGUGCACGCCCCUGGGAAAGGCGGUGUCCCGCCUGCGGUCAUUCAGCACUGGUGGCGGGCGUGAUGGCAAAAACAAGAACCAGGCUCAGGGGGAAUGCUGAGCCCAAUCCGUUACAAGAAGUGUUCACUGUGUUUGUACCCAAAACUCCUUGCCUGGCUGUCACAGCAUGCCGUGGACUGCACCCAGACUUUACCCGAAAGCAUCAGGAGAGGCGUGUUCCCAAAGGGGGAUGAGAAGGUCGCUGACUGACAUCCGGAGCAAAAAAAAGCAGAAGGACCAUUUGGGUGCAGGCAGGGGCUGUGGAGCCCGCCUAUGGCCUCGGGCAGGGGUGCCGGCAUAGCCGCCCUCCCCGGGGGCCCCCCGAGUCCAGGCUGAGGGUCCCGCACCUCCUGCAGCCCGCCCGUCCGCAGCAGACCCUGGUCACUGGGCGCUCACCCAGAUGGGACGGAACGGGGUCUGUUUCCAGCGCUCCCCUGUCCAAGCGGGCUUCUCCCUGGGGCGGGGGGGGGGGGCAAGGGGGGCCAGCUGCCCAGACCCCCAGCCGCUCUCCCACCACCGCCUGUUUGUGGGUCUGCCUGGACCCGGGGCUCCCAAGGGAUGCCAGCAGGACCCCCCCCCCCACUCCCUCGGGCCUGGGAGGGUGCACAGUGACCCCUUGCCCUUCGGCCUGGACGUCUCUGUCCACUCCUUACGCUGUACUGUGGACAGGCCGAAGGCCAGUGUUUUUACAUCUGUUUCUGGAAAGCUGAUUUAUAAGAAUAACAAGAUGGAAAGUGG